AUGAUGAACGCGCAAGAAUGGUUGGAUCAAACUUAUCAAAAAGAAAUUCGAAAAGAAGUUAAAUUAAUAAAGAAUGAUGAUACUAAGGAAUUAAGUGGAAAGUUACUAUUAGAUGAUUUUAAUAAUCUUGUAGAAUUGAAUUUGUCUCGCCAUAAUUUAACAAAUUUAGAUAUAAGUGAUUGUUAUGAAUUAAGAAAAUUAGUUAUUGACCAUAACAGUCUUACUAGAUUACUAAAUUAUCCCAGAGAUUUAGUUAAUCCUGAAAAAUUAACCUAUUUAAACGUAAUGAAUAAUAAUUUCGCUAAAAUUGAUUUAAACCACUUUAGCAGGUUUAUCAAUUUAGAAACUUUACUUAUAGGAACUGAUGACAGAGACAAAAUAGAACAAGGUUUUUAUAAUCGUUUUUAUGGUCAUCUAAGAUCUCUAAAGCAUCUGACUAAAUUAAAGGCCUUGGACAUUUGUGGUACUGAUAUUAGUAAAGGUUUAUGUCACUUACCAGAUAGUUUAAAAGAUUUUUUUUGCGAAGUUUAUCGACCUGAAGCCAAGGUAGCAAAGAUUAAAAGGAAACUUGAGCCUUUUGAGGGAGAUGUUAUAAAGUAUAAGAAAGAUAAAUUGAAAAAAGUACCACAUAAAAAAUUUGUAAAAAAUGAUGAAUUAGAAGAAUUUCAAGAACAAUCUGUGAAAAUUAAAAACUUGUUAAUAGUGGGGCGCACUGGUAAUGGUAAAUCAGCACUUGCGAAUGUAUUGAGUGAUACCAACAGGUUUGAAGAAAGUGAAAAAUCAGUUAGUAAGACUAAAUAUUUCCAAACUGAAAUGUUUGAACAUAAUGGAAAAAUGUAUCGAGUAGUUGAUACAAUAGGAAUAGGAGAUACUAUAUUAUCUAAAAAACAAGUCUUAAUAAGAAUAGCUGAAGCUAUCUACACUAUGAAAGAAGGAAUAAAUCAAAUUUUGUUUGUUGUAGGAAGAAGAUUCACUGAAGAUGAAAUGGAAGCUUUUGAGUUAUUGAAAGAAGUUAUUUUCGAAAGUGAUAUCAUCAUGUAUACCACUAUAGUAAGAACAAAUUUUACUAAUUUCAGAAGUCCUGAUAAAUGUGAAAUCGAUCGUCAAGAAUUAGUUGGAGAAAAUAAAUUUCUUGCUGAAAUCAUAAAAUCAUGCAAUGGAAUUAUUCAUGUUAAUAAUCCUCCUAUUGAUGUUGAUUAUGAGGAACGAUUACUUGUGAACAAAGAUGACAGAGAAGUUUCGAGAAAUAAAUUACUUACGCAUUUAGAUAAUUUUCAAGUAAAUUAUAAACCAUAUUUGAAAACUUGGGACCAGUUUUAUCUAAAGAUUCGUAACUAUCUAAAAACAAAACACGAUAUAGAAGAAGCUAUACAAAGAUUAAGUAUUUCUUCUGAGGAGGUCAAUAAGUUAAAAGCAAAAAUAGAAAAAUUAGAAGCGAAAGUUGUCAGAGAAACAGAAUUUCAUUGCGAUGUAGAAAUACCUUGUUUCGGUAGAAUAAAAAUGAAUUUUAGAAGCUCGAAUGGUAUAUGUCAAAUAAUUUAA